AUGGGAGCGGAGCGCCAAAUACGUGAAACUUUUAAGCAGCUCUUGGACACCAAAGUCGCCAAGCUGUACAGCGCGACCACCGCCCUGAAACCCGAUGGGAAUCUGGCAGUCUCCCCUUUGUCCAUCCUGUACGCAAGCGCGCUGAUCUACAUUGGUUCAUCCGGAUCAACCAAGUCCAAUUCGGACAAAAGCGUCCAUUUCGACCAGUAUUUUAUGAAUAAUGCCUCCGUACUCUCCGCAUUCUCCACCUCCAUGGCCAAUUUUACGUCGGCGCAUCCUUCGUCAAGCGCGGUUAACCAGCUGAAAUCGGAAGCCGAGUUUAAAGACUUUAGAGUCAACGCCGAAAAAGCCCGCGGGGAAAUCAACACCUGGGUGUCUGACAAGACCAACGGGCGGAUCAAAGACCUGCUGCCAACAGAUGCUGUAUCACCGUCCUCCUUUGCAGUGUUGGCCAGCGUUUUAUACUUCAAGGCAAGCUGGGAAACUGCACUGAAAUUUAGUCCCAGUAACACCAAGAAGCGAGACUUAGCGCUGCUGAAUGGACAGAACAUCCAAGUGGACACAAUGUCGAAUUCCGCGUACAGAUUACCGUACGCUGAAGAUUCCGACCUGGAUGCUAAAUAUAUCGAAUACAGUUACACUAACAGUCAGGACGCCAUGCUUUUUCUGCUGCCCAAUAGAAGAAUGGACUACGCGCUCUGGAGAAAAAGCUGA